AUAAUGCAACAAUGGAAUUAAAGUUUUGAAACAAACACUGCUUUGGGUAAAAAGUGCUGUUUUGUUUUUUUCUUAAAGAAAACAAAAGCAUGAUGCUUAUCACAGAGAAGGGAUUAAAGAAUUUUGUUAAUAACUGUAGCAAGAUAAAAUUUUGUUGUGGUUGUUGAUGUUGUUAUUGUGUUAUGACAGACAUUAUUUUAAAUGUUGAAAGUGUGCCAAAUUAUACACUUUUACCACAAGGUAAUUGGAUUAUGUAAUGUCUCAGCUAUGUGUUAAAAUUGAUGACAAAUAGAAAUAUUAUUCAUGUCAUCAACAAGAGUAUAUUAUCAGUCUUUUAAUUCACAUAUUUUAAUAUGAUUUAUUGUAGUUUUAUUUUGUAGACUUAUCUAUACACGUUAUAUAUAUGUUACAAUCUGACUUGGAGUAUGUCGGCAGUAACAGUAUCUGAACAUACAAGCCCCAGUUCGGGAUCAUUAAGUCGGAAAAACAGCAACUUUGCAAUUAGAAAUAUAUUUCGUUCAUCAAAACGACAUCGAAGUAAAGAAAGUAUUGACACAGUCAGUACGAAAUCAUGUGAAAAGGAGCAGGUCAAGUCAUCCAGCGAGCCAAAGCAGGAUACAAUGAUGUGCAACGUUUGUUUUUCCUGGAAAAAUACUUCGUUGUUUCCAGUUUUGUUGAGUUGCGAACAUAGGAAUUGUAUAGAUUGUUUAAAACAAUAUCUUGUAAUAGCUGUCAAAGAGUGCAGAGUUAUGGUGUCUUGUCCUGAAUGCUCAGAAGUGUUUCAUCCUUCAGAUGUGAAGAUGAUUUUUAAUGAUGACAAUUUGUUUGCAAAAUAUGAAGAGUUCACUUUACGUCGAGCUUUAGUUGGAAUACCUGAUAUUAGAUGGUGCCCAGCGCCAGACUGUGGAUAUGCAGUUAUUGCUUCUGGCUGUGCUAGUUGUCCACAGUUAAAGUGCAUGAGACCAGGAUGUAGUUAUGAAUUUUGUUACCAUUGUCGGCAGUUGUGGCACCCAAACACAACUUGUGAUUUAGCUCGCAUGCAAAAUCAGUUUGAAAUAAGGUCCUUGUCAUCUGCAGAUCGAAAAUCUUCAAAUAUGCAUGAGGACAUAAAACCAUGUCCGAAGUGCAUGGCCCUUAUAAUUAAAAUGGAUGAUGGUUCGUGUAAUCACAUGACUUGUGCAGUAUGCGGAGGAGAAUUUUGUUGGUUGUGUAUGAAAGAAAUAUCAGAUUUGCAUUACUUAAGCCCAUCUGGCUGUACAUUUUGGGGAAAGAAACCAUGGAGUCGCAAAAAGAAAAUAAUGUGGCAAAUGGGAACCCUGAUUGGGGCUCCUGUGGGAAUAGGUUUGGCUGCGGGCGUUGUUCUACCCGCGAUGAUGAUUGGUAUUCCAAUAUACGUUGGCAGAAGGAUUCGUGAGCGAUUUGAUUAUUCCGAAAAUGUGCACAAGAGAAACCUUGCAAUAACAGGCGGCGUGGCGUUGUCAGUCAUCGUAUCACCGUUCUUAGCCGCCCUUACCGUAGGAGUGGGCGUUCCAAUAGCUUUAGGAUAUGUUUAUGGCGUAGUUCCAGUGUCGCUUUGUCGAAGUGGCGGUUGCACUGGCGUAACCAAAUCUAGAAAUGGUCAUGGCGUGAAUUUUGAAUUUAACGAACGUGAAGAUACGUACACACUUCCUGGCGUUGCCAGCGUUAAAAGCAGCCCAGUGCGGCGUAACAGUGGUAACAGCAGCAUGUUGGAUACAGCCAGUGUUUUAACUCAAGGCGGUAGCGUUCUAACAGUUAAAGCUACCAUAACCAAAGAUCACCAACCAAGCAUUUCCGGAAGCAACGACAGCACAAGUUUGGAUGGACGUUCUUUUAUCACGUCGUUUCGAAGUCGGGACCAUGACGUUGACUCCCACGCGUCCUUAAUACCUGCACCAAGAAGCACGACCAUUAGCAUAACUAGUAGUUUAGACAAUGUAAAUACGAAAUCAGCAAGUAACAGCAAUAUAAGUCGCCUACCGGAAGUUAGUUGCGAAGAGACGAACAGUAAUUGCAGUGUCCGUAAACUUGCUGAUGAUACACAUUCAAUAGGCUCGUGUUCGUCGAGCAGAGUUAACGACAAUACGUCGUCGUCAAGUCGUUUAUCACAACACUCGCACGGGAAUUCAGCAGACACUUCAGUUAUCGCCGAGGAAAGCUCGGCAGCGAUUGACGCUGCUAGUGUAGUUUCAAAUACACAAGUACGGCCAUGAAGCGUGCGUCUGCAUUUAUUUAUGUUUUGUCUGUUUUCUUUCCUUUUUGAUGAUACCACUUCGUCCUGUAUUAUGUAUUUAAAAGUUUGACAGUGGUGCGUUGAACGUAUUUGCAGACUGUCUUUCUUAAGUUAUGCUACUUGAUUGAUCUGAUAAUUUUUGUUAGAUGUUUUGGCAGGAACUACCCCUUCUGUUUUUUGUUUCGUUACUUAAGGUCACUUCUUAUUAAGGCGUUCUUGGUCGCACCUCACGUUUGCAGACGGACGCAUCUUCUACGAAUUAUUAAACAUUAAGAAAACGUAUUUAUCUUCAAUGCAAUGAAAGACUAUCAUAUUGUGUGGCAACGUUUAAAUACUUUAAUAAAAACAGCCUUGAGAAGAAACUCUUCGCGUAUUUUGUUUGUAAACUUUUUGUUUGUUUUUUUUGUUUUAUUUGCUUUAUUUAUUUGCUUUAUUUUUUUUAUAUUCUUAAACUUACAUUUCUUUCUCUUGAUGAUUUUUAGACAUGCUUUCUUAUUGUAUUGUUUUCUGAUCCACAUUAUCUUGAUUAUCUGAACGCCUCGAACACAAAGCCUUUAAAAACACAGCCCUAAUAACAUACUGACUUUCAGGAGUAUCAGUUUUGGUCUUGGGAACAGAGACGGUGUUUUUGUGAAGGUUUGGUCGGCCAAUAAUUGUUCUUAUUGCUUUAAAGCAAUCUGAUAGUCUUUUCUCUAUUAGCCGUCAGUUCUCUCAAUGUAUUGAGUAUACGUGAAAUUAUCCUAUGAUUUAGAUCGUUUGUACUCCUUAUCUUUACGUGAAGGAAUAAGCAGAAAAAAAGGUCAGUGUCAAUAGAGGUUCGAGUAAUUGAGCUCUUGUCACUCGUUUAGCCACCAUACCUAGUUUUUGUAGAACUGAAACAUUGAAAAGUACCUAAUGAGCUUCAAAACAACCGUCGAACUGUAUAAGUGCGACUUUUGUUUCUCCGUAAUGAUAAGGGAUUUAUUUUACUUCAUUCUUACAGCAUAACUAUUACCUUACUAUUCCACGCGAGACUUGCCUUUAUGUUUCCCCUGCUCUUUGUUAGCAUAACUCGGGUCGAAUAUAUGCCCUGGCUUUUUUGCUUUUUUCUUAAAUAUUGCUUUUUAACUAAUUGGGGACUGAUAACGAAGUAUUUUAACAUGGAGUUUAAAUGUAGGGUUGUCGCUGAAUUAUCUUGCGUAAAAGUCUAACAAACGCGCGAAAUUAAGUCUUUCUAUCGGUAUAAGUAAAAUGUGGUGCAGCGCGAAAAUUAUACUUGAUCCUGAGUUAAAAUGGAUGUGACUACUAUCUAAUUCGCUACAAUUCUUUCGAACAAAAAUCUCUCAUGAGAGGUGAAGCUCGUUCCCAGGAUAUUUUUCCUUCAUUCCGACAAGAACGAGAAUAAUUUAUUUGACUUUUUUUAUCGUCUUUCUUGUAUAUAACAGGUGAAAAGCCAGGUAUUGAGGUUGACGUUACGAAAUAAAGAACGCAGCUUUGUGCGUAGGCUUAUUUUCUUUUUGUAAAUAUUAUUGUAGAGGAGUUGUAUAUGAAGCUUUUGUAGUCGUUAAAUCUUACAGAAGGGUUAAUAAUAAAUUAUUUUUACGAAUUA